AUGCGUUCCAAUAUUAAAUUGAUGAACAUCCAACCAAAAGCAAAAAAAAUAAUGGAUGAAAUGAAUGAGGCAAAGAAGCACGCUGAUACAGCCGUGAUGUUUCAAAAAGCUGAUCAAUUGAAACAAUUAUAUAAAGACAAUGAUGCUAGCCCGAUUAGAGGUAUUGUUCUUGCAUUAAUUCAAGCACCAGUAAUGAUUAGUUUUUUUUUGGCAACAAAGAAGAUGGCCGAAUUUCCUGUGGAAAGUUUUAAAAUUGGUGGAGUGUUAUGGUUCACGGACCUCACCAUCCCCGAUCCCUACUAUAUAUUACCUGUUCUAACGACUGCAGGUUUUCUUUCUAUAAUUGAGAUUGGCAACGAAGCCAGUAAAACUAAGAAUACUCAGAUGCAAAGAACGAGAUGGCUUAUUCGCG